CAUUUAUUAAUUCUCUUAUGACACGGUCUCAACAUUUUGUCACAACGCAAAUCCACCACCAACCACAUUAAUGCCCAAUGUUCUAAAUUCAUGAGACCAUAGCUAAUUUUGAUCAAACAUUUUCAUCAUAGUGUGUGUUGUUUUUUAUCAAACAUGGUGGAAGAAAAUAGAGAAGAAGGUAGAUCCUUAGCCGAGACCCCUACUUGGGCUGUUGCAACUGUCAUCACUCUUUUGGUUUCUCUUAGUUUCUUGUCUAAUGGCACAUUGAAAAAAUUGGUUAAGUGGUUGGGUAGAACUAAGAGAAAAUCCCUUCUCUCCGCUUUGGAAAAAAUGCAAGAAGAAUUGAUGCUUUUUGGACUUCUGUCAUUGCUGAUGGGCCAUUGGAUUAUUUUUGUGGCAAAGAUUUGUGUCAAGUCAUCAGUAUUAAGCAGCAGAUUUUUUCCAUGUGCACUGAAAGAGAGUUUUGGAAUUGUUAAACAUAAUGUGUGGUCCAAUUUAGAAUAUUCAAAUAAAACAAUUCUCAAAGAGCAAGUGAACAAUGAUGGUCUGCAUAAUUUCUGUCCUAAGGGUCAUGAAUCAUUUGCUUCUUAUGAAAGUCUUGAGCAGCUUCAUCGCUUUGUGUUUGUUCUUGGGAUCACUCAUGUUUCCUAUAGCUUUGUUGCUGUUGCACUAGCCAUGAUCAAGAUAUAUAGCUGGAGAACUUGGGAAAAUGAAGCAAAGACUAUGGCUAUACAAAGCUUACAAGAUACUUCACAAAGUACUUCAACUUCAAGCAUAAGACUGAAGCGGCUUAGUACAUUCAUUUUUCACCAAGCAUCUCAUCCUUGGAGUCAUCACAAAAUUCUUGUUUGGCUGCUAUGUUUCAGUCGCCAAUUCUGGAGUUCCAUCAGUCGCACUGAUUACAUGGCAUUGCGCUUAGGCUUCAUUACUACUCAUGACCUUCCUCUAACAUACGAUUUCCACAACUACAUGCUUCGAAGCAUGGACGAGGAAUUCCGUGACAUCGUAGGUGUUAGUGUGCUUCUCUGGAUAUAUGCCAUAUGCUGUAUUUUUCUAAAUUUUCAUGGAAACAACUUUUACUUUUGGCUUUCCUUUGUCCCGGCAAUUUUGAUCCUCAUAAUCGGUACUAAAUUGCAUCGAGUCGUGGUAAAAUUGGCUGUUGAAGUAAUAGAUCAUAGUCCGUAUAUGAAGCCUCAUCGGUUUAACUUAAGAGAUGAACUCUUUUGGUUUGGAAAACCAAGGCUUCUAUUGAGAUUAAUACAAUUGAUAUCCUUCUUGAAUGCGUUUGAAAUGUCAACAUUCUUAUGGUCCCUGUGGGAAAUUGAUGAUCCUUCUUGCUUCAUGGACAACCGAACAUUCAUUGCGAUCCGCUUAUCGUUUGGGGUCGUCUCGCAAGUUUGGUGCAGCUUCAUAACUUUUCCUCUGUAUGUUAUCGUCACACAGAUGGGAUCAAGAUUCAAAAAAACAGUGAUAUCUGAGAGUGUAAGGAAAUCAUUAUCUAAAUGGCAGAGAAGAGUGAAGGAGAAACAAAGUUCCUCUUAUGAACUCCUUAAUACAUCAACAACAACAUCAUUGGAGUCUUUACUGCAUGGAAUGGACAAUUCAAAUCACUCUGACUUAAUCAGUGAGAUUGAGGAAGGAAGUUCCUCAGGAAUAAAAGAUAUUUGUCAUUCUAACUUUGAUGAUGUGUCAAUGAUUCAAAGCAAUGCAAAAAUUCCAAGUUAUGAUGAAGAUUACCAUGACCAUUAUCAUGAUGUAAAACAUGAUUUGCCUCCCCCUCCACUGUCUUGAGAAAGUGUUGCUUGUAUUGUGAACAACAUGAUGAAUUGAAUUGGAAAACUGACUUCCUCUCAUACUAUUUAUAGUUUAUAUUAAACUAAUUGCUGCAUGGUUAAAA